AUGCGGAACCAGAAGCGAUGGUGGGGGAUCGUCCGUGUGGAGUCUGUGAAGAGCUCCCUGGUGGGCGGCCAUCUUGUUGGCAGAGCUCAUGGGGAAGUGAGACCGAGCCAGAGGUUGCAGAGUUCACGUGAGGCUUUGGGGCCACCGCGCUGCACCGGACCCCAGGAGCCUGCAGGGAGCGCUGAUGUGUCAGGGGUCAUCCUCAUUCUCACCAAGUUAUACGACUUUCACAUCGGCAGUGUGACGGAGAGCACUCUGUGGAGGUGA